AUGGAAAAGUUCGGGAUAUGCCAAGGCCAAAACUGCCAAAACUCCUCAAAUGUAUUUUGUAUCUGUACUUCUAUCUCUCUCUGCUAUCUAUGCCUAGAAGAUCAUCUACAAGACUCUCCAUCCAAUGUUCAUUUUCUCGAAGUCGCUCGAGCCCCAUAUAAUGCCCAAUCAGGUGAGCAUACCCUUGACAUGAUUUUGCGCCGCAUAUACUCUGACCCAAUUUCCAUAAGAAAAAUAAAAAGUGUUCCCGCUUCAGUUUCCGACCUUCUUAACUACGAUAUGAGAGAAAUCAACAGUCUCGCAGAAGAAGCUCAGCUUUCUCAAACAGGCAAAUAUUUAUUAUUUGACGAAAUAAACUAUUUAAAAAUCGUGACAGAAAGAGUUCAUUUAAAAGAUGAUCCAUUAACUAGACUUUCUCUUGGGUUUAAAAUCGCAGGAAAUAAGCAGCUAAAAGACGAAAAAGAUAUGGAAAUUAUUGAUGAAGACGAAAUGGAGCAUGUUUUAAAUAAUUUUUAA